UAUUUCCUAGAGAUUGAUGGAAGCAGAAACAAAAACACUUCCCCUGGAGAACGCAUCCAUCCUUUCAGAGGGCUCUCUACAGGAAGGGCACCGAUUAUGGAUUGGCAACCUAGACCCCAAAAUCACAGAAUACCACCUCCUCAAGCUCCUCCAGAAGUUCGGCAAGGUGAAACAGUUUGACUUCCUCUUCCACAAGUCAGGCGCUUUGGAGGGGCAGCCUCGAGGGUACUGUUUUGUUAACUUUGAAACUAAGCAGGAAGCAGAACAAGCCAUCCAAUGUCUCAAUGGCAAGCUAGCACUGUCUAAGAAGCUGGUAGUACGAUGGGCACAUGCUCAAGUAAAGCGAUAUGAUCACAACAAGAAUGACAAGAUCCUUCCAAUCAGUCUUGAGCCGUCCUCAAGCACUGAGCCAACUCAGUCUAACCUAAGUGUCACUGCAAAGAUCAAAGCCAUUGAAGCAAAGCUGAAAAUGAUGGCAGAAAAUCCUGAUGCGGAGUACCCAGCAGCACCUGUCUAUUCCUACUUUAAGCCACCAGAUAAAAAAAGGACUACUCCCUAUUCCAGAACAGCUUGGAAAUCUCGAAGAUGAUGCUUAUGAAUUGUUGUAGCAGCAAAAAGCAACUUGAUCUCCAUACCUAAGCUCCUUUGCCUUUGUACUUUGUAGAUGUAAGCGGUACUGUCCAACAGAGCACAAACACAUAUUAGAAUUUGGUAAUACAAUGUUUUUGGAUGUUCCUGAUGUGUCUUCCCUAAACAAUACAUGGAAUUGAGUAUCAUCCAGAAUAAAUAGGAUGAUGUGCAAAACUGAUUUGAACACUGAGAUGCUCUAGUUGGCUGGGUUUGCUUGAAUUUUUAACUCCAGAAAUAUAAGAGACAGAAAGCCAAGCUUAUAAAAUGCUACUUAAAUCAGGAGAAAAAAAGUCCAUCAAAAAGGGGAGGGAGGCAUUUUCUUGUGCACAUGUCUUUGCAACAUAAAAAGAAAAAAAAAAGAGGCAGAUUUUAAAUCAUAACUAUGGGUUUUAAAUCAUAACUAGAACUACUUGAGAAUUAACAAUGACAGUCUUUCCAACUGGAUUGAAAAAAGAGUUCUUGGCAAUUUAUAGUCAUCUUGUUAAAGAUUCUGCUUGUAAGUUUCAAAAUCUCAAUUAGAAAAACAUGGUGUGUAUAUCUUAAAAUUGUUUACGUCAACAAACAUUUUAUACUACAACAAACAUUCUAUUUAGAAACCCAGCUUUUACUCUAUAGUGAUCAUUUUUAAGAAUCUAAAUAAUCCUACCUUCUAUAAUACCAAAUAUUACUAACAGGACUUUUAAAAUUUGCAGUAAUUGCAUGAGAUUGUUUUUAUAGCAUGAGAUUAAUCCAUUUGGAAUUGUGUCAUAGCUGAUCUAAAUAGAAAAGCAAACGUUCUUUGAAAGCCUAGAUAGGUCACCAACAAGCAUUACUGCCUAAUAAUUAUGUGGGGUCUGAGUAGCAGAGGCUGGAUGGUCUGUACAGGCCACAUGCAAUGGGCACGGUAAUUCUGGAGCGGACUCCGCUCUGGAACCAACAUUGUGACCACCUCAUGUUUUAAGUAGUUCUAAAAAACUGCAUGACUUGAAAAUAAUCAUUUGUAGAACACACAUUUUACUAGAUUAAAAAUAAAAUGCCUCUUUGAACAAUUCUGACCAGAAAAAUGUAGAGAGAUUCACAAACGUGUUUCUUCAGCUCAGUUUGGUGAUUUGAUACCAGGUUUGACAGACUGGGUAACUGGGUAGCACCAUUGCUUCUCUAAGUCAAUCACUUAUGUUCUGUACUCCAGGUGCCAUUCGUGGUAAUUCAAAGACUGUUUACCACUUUCAUUCCUAGUAAAAGAAGCUUUCAUUGUAGAUACUUAAGUCUUCCUAAAAGUAUAAAGAUACUAGACGUGGGUAAUCUUGGUACUGGAGAGGCUUAGACAGGAAGGUCACAAGUUCAAGACUAGCCAUACUAGGUAGUGCUUUCCCCAAGGUCAGUCUUUUUAGAUGUCUUUAGAUAUCAAAUACUCUGCAUUUAUUAGCUGUACAUAUCUGUGAUGCAAAUGGCUCUCCUUCCACUUGGGGGCUAGUUCAGGGAGGUGGGAGCAGCUGUCUCCCUUUUUUUUCUGGUGACUUCUUAAAGUAUAGAAUGCACCAUUUUAUCCUUAGGUCCUCAAAAGCUUAUAGUAAAGCAACCUUAAUGCCAGUAGCCUUCUAUUUUUAAUAGGAACUUAGAAAAUACUUAUGUUAGGACUCAGAGUUAUUUCCUCUAGAAACCAGAACUAUUUAUUUGUAUUUAAAACAAUGUUUAUUAUUUGUACCAGUUCUUAUCCCUCCAUGUAAAUAAAUGCAAGACCUUCUCUGUG